AACACGGCUGAGAGAGCGCUAGCCUUCAGUUUCAGCAGACACCUCGAGCUGCGUUCACCUGCUCCCCAACACCUCACCAUGGGAGAACAGACGAAGCCCUAUAAGAGCAUCCUGAAGGACAACACUCUAAAAGUGCCUCAGAUCUCCAACCAGGGGCAGCAGAGUAACUCUAUCGGUGCAGUGCGAUGGGUUUUACCGGAUGAAGAGGUUCAAGUGCACAGCUCCGCACCCACGAUCCCCUACAAGGGUAGCAGCGGCUUCUCCACCCGCUCACAGCAAAGGCAGCGUCAGCAGGGCCUGAAGGACCUCCGCAGCUUGGACGAGUGCAUUCAGUUCAUCAACGGCUGGAAACAACAGGUGGCACAUGUCUGCAAGAAUGAGGAUGAUCCCGGUGAAGGAAGCAGCAGACCAACAAAAACAGACUCCAGAACUGAACGCAGUCUUGAAGAGAGUCGCAAGCUUAUUCUGCAGUGGGCCAAUGAACUUCAAAGUGUAGACAAGCUGUCCAAAAAGCAUGCAUGGUUGAAGGAAAGGAUUGAUCUGGAGGAAGAAGAUGACAAAACAAAGCAGGAUAAAAGUGAGGGUGAUGCGGUGCAGGAGAGGAUCACAGAGUGGGCCAAAGAGAUACAGAGUGUGUCAGAGCGCUGCGGUAUGCUGGGAGAUGAACUGGCGCAGAUGUUGCGUCUACUGGGACUGAGGAAGAAGAGACUGGCUACCCUCAUGCCACUGCUGGAGUUCAUCACUUGGAGUCUGCUGAAAGAAGAGAGCAAGGGCAUGGUUCCUCAUCUUUGGCUUUCUGCUAAGCAGCGCACCUGGCAAGCUGGCAUAUCACGAUACAUCCCUAAUUCAGUUUGGAGCUGGAUUGUCAGUGCAGGAGCUGAUGUAAGUCUUGAUCCUAUGACCAACAACCCUUGGCUCCAUAUUUCUGAAGACCACAAGAAGAUUCAGGAGGGUCUAACAGAGGCCAAUCUGCCUUACAGCCCUCAGCGCUUUGAUAGUUUGCCCUGCGUACUGGGUUGGGAAGGCUACAUGAGCGGCCGCCAUUACUGGGAAGUGGAGUUUGCAAAUAAAGGUUAUUGGAGAGUAGGAGUGACAACUGCCUCUUCAAAGAGGCACGGCCGCUUCCCAAUGAACUCAUCCAGUGGUUAUUGGGUCCUGUGGCGGAGCACAAGGCAGUUUUUCGCCUGCACCAAUCCUGAAACCCCCCUGCCACAGGAGCUGGUGCCCCGGAGAGUGGGAAUAUACAUUGAUUAUGAGGAGGGACAGAUCUCUUUCUACAACGCCGACAACAAAUCACACAUUUACACUUUCACUGGACACUUUCGCGAAAAGCUGUACCCUUUCUUUUCUCUCAUGGAUGGCAGGACCCUUAUGACCUUAUGGUCUCCUAAAGAGCAUAGCCACUUUUAAUAACAUGGCAGGUUUAAAAGUUUAUCUUUCACUCUGCACUUUCACUCAUUUGUACAUUUACACUUUAAUAAAUGAUUCAUUGGAAUCAAUUAAAGCCAAAAAAAGAACUAAUAGCAGCCUUUACAAUCAGAGGAUUGAACAGCAUUGUGGGCUGGACCUACUUAAUAAAAGCUAGUAUUGAAAAUACAUGAUUGACACAUUAAUAUUUCCCAUUCAGAAUAUUUAUAUGUAUAUUUUAUGUCGAUCUAUAAUUUUAUACAUGCAUCUCAGCUUGUCUGCUUUCAUGUAUAUGAAUAACAGUAUGUGUUUUGACACAAAUAUUUCAUGAAAUAGAAAUUGCAUUAUGUUGGUAUGUUUAUAUUUCUAUAUAAAGUGUUGUCUGUGUAAUUCAUGUAACAUUAUAUAUGAUAACUACAAUGAUAUAUUUAUUAUAUUAAUGUGUAUAUG